UCGCAUUUAGUGACGAGACACCGCGUACAUCAUACGGCUUACGGCGCACAGAUAAUAAACAAUUUUUUAAUUUUAAAUUUUGCAAGGUCCAUGCACUGGCCGAAUGCAAAUUUAAUAUAGCGGUCACCGGGUUAUCAGUGCAUUCGGUUUAAAUUAUAAUUUAAAAAAAGAUAAGGUUUUUUGUAAGCAAUGGUGGAGACUCAGUGCGUCGACGGUACUGUGAAAGCUUACAUCAUGAGUGACCUGCUGAAAAAGUUUGACUUCGACGCAACUCACGAUCUGGUGAAAAUUGCUAUUGCAGUCGCCGGCUUUUACAUGGGAAUUUUUUACCUGGAGUAUGUGGACGCGGAGUACAGCCUGUGGCUGACCUGGUUCCUGACCCCGGUGAUCGUGACCUUCCUGCUGCCGGCAGUCAUCAUCCUACUCAUAUACAUCAGCAGUAUUAUAUUCCAUUUGUAUAGGCUUUACAGAUUACGUGUAGUGGACGGAGUGCAGAAUGAUUGGAAGCAAGCGGCGAGGCUGGCGGUGUGCGCGCUCUGGGACGCCCACGGGUGGCUUUGGCAUGGUUACGAGAUCCGUGGGCUGGAGAACAUUCCGGAAGGUCCAUUCCUGGUGAUAUACUACCACGGCGCCCUGCCAAUAGACAUGUACUACUUCAUAGCCAGGAUGCUGCUGUUCAAGCGGCGGCAUAUACACACGGUCGCCGACCGGUUCAUGUUUAAAAUACCAGGCUGGGCGUCGCUGCUGGAGGGGCUGAGCGUGAUCCCGGGCACGGUGGCGCAGUGCGCGGGCGUGCUGCGCGCGGGCAGCCCGCUGGCCAUCUCGCCGGGCGGCGUGUUCGAGGCGCAGUUCGGCGACCACGAGUACCGGCUGCACUGGAAGGCGCGCGUCGGCUUCGCCAAGGUCGCGCAGGAGGCCAAAGUGCCCAUCAUCCCGAUGUUCACCCAGAACGUGCGCGAGGCGUUCCGCACGGUGGGCUGGCUGCGGGGCGUGUGCCUGCGCAUCUACGCCGCCACCAGGAUCCCCCUGGCGCCCGUGUACGGCGGGUUCCCGGUCAAGCUCAUCACCCACCUGGGGGAGCCGAUACCGUACGAUCCUGAUCUGACGCCGGAACAGCUGCAGAAGAAGGUAGCCAACGCGAUAUCAAAACUAGUAGACGAGCAUCAAAGAGUGCCAGGUAACAUACUCCUAGCGCUCACCGAGAGAAUUAUAGAGUUGCCGAAACACCCUAAACACAAAACAUCACAAAAAACAGACAAAUCUUACACGAACGGAAAAUGCCACAACGGCAAAGUGAAAGAGGCUGAUGACAGCUUGAGUGAAAGAGAUAAAAAAGUGUCGUAGACUCAAUUUGGUAGUGUAAUAAUAAUGACUUUUUAAUUUAGUGCCCUUACGUAAUAAGACGCGAAAUCAAACGCGGGUAUCUUUCAUAUUGAUAAUGUCGCGCGUUUGAAUUUUAUGUAAUUUUUUUAAUUGACUAUGAGGUAGUAAAUAUAAAAUAUUUGACUCCAGUUAUAACAGAGAAAGCAAAGGUUAUUAUUUCUUGUUUCAUGAUUUUUUAGGAAAAUCCUAAAUUUCAUUCCACACGGUGAAGCAUAAACCUUUAAAAAUAUAUAUUAACAUAAAUUUCAACUUUUUUUCUGUAAGUUUCCAAAAAUAGAAUAAGUUUAUAUUUAUUAUGUUUUUUUGACGUUAAUAAUAUUAUUUUUUUCAAAUAUUGACUAAUUUAAAUUAUUGAAAAAGUUUUGAAAAUUGUGAAAAGGUUUGCAAUUUUUAUACCAAGCUUUGUUGUUAUCUUCGAAACGUAUUUCCAAUUUCGGCAAUUGUAUGCAUUUAUUGAAAGACAAUGUUAAAUUUUAAAGUACAAAUUAAGGCACAUUAUAGAAAAAUAUUUAUGUAUAUUGGUCGGAUAUGACGUAAGAGAAUGUAGGCAAUUAUAACAUUUCAAGUAAUAGAUGUACAUUUGGUAACUAUCGCGCUAGAAGUCACGGAAGGACUUCGGAUUUCUUCAAUACUAGACCACUCUGUUAAUUCGAUAUCAUCCAUCUGACAAGACGAUUAUUUUUGACGUGAAUUAUUAUCGAUAGUUUGCCAAUACUUUUUCCCGAUACUUACAAUUAACAGAGUAUAUCAAGGCAUGAGUGGAUCAACAAUAAAAGAUAGUUACCAAAAGUAUAGCUAUGUUUUUUAUUAGACAAAGUGUGUAAAAAAGCGAUUAAUUACUUAAUAUUUAUAUUUAUUAGCCUACGCGUAGGUUCCAAAAGCAUUUACUUAAAUUUCUGGUGAUAUUUAUAUAGUGCAUUAUUCGAAUACUCAUUAUCAUUUAUUUAUUUUGUUUAGAAAUUAGGUUUAGCAUUGUAAUUAGAUUGAAAAAGUAGUUAACAAUUUGACAGAAAAGAGUCUGGAAGGAAGGAAAAUGAAUUGUAAAUUACACCAAAAUUUUAUUUUCUAUUAGUAUCUUCUAUUAAUUAUAUAUAUUCUUUUAAAAACAAGUAUAAAAAUACAGAAUACUUUUAACAAUUGUUUUAGUGUCCAUAUGAGUCAGUCAGUGAAUUGUUGGUAUAGUUAAUAUUUAUUUCAAUUGAUUUAAAACAUGAACGUGGUGACAUAUCAUUCUAUUUUGUUGAAAAACAUAUAAUUUUUUUCAGACUAUUUCUGUCACGUUGUAACAUAGUUUACGUCAUUAUUUUCUUAGUUUUAAGAAAAUCGGUACAAUAUUGUUCGAGUUACUAUUCGUUUUAGGUAUGUAAUAGCUAUUCACUAUACAUAUUUAUUGGUUUUAAUUUGAAAUCAAGCUAUAAUUUAUAUAACUUCCAAUUAUUGUAAAUGUGUAAGUGUGUAUGUUGUGUAAAUUUUGACAUAGGUAGGUUUGGAAAUCUUAGAGGGCCAGCGCUACCUUCUGAUGUAAAGUUCUUGAGUCCACGCGAACAAAGUGGUACCAGGUGCGAAUGCGAGUAAAAUAUAAAGAAAUUCGGCAACAUUUUCGAAUUUAUUUUAAUGUUUCAUUUUUGUAAUUGUAAACUAGUGCAUUGUAUAUACAAAGGUAAUAGUCACAAAACAACAAGGCUUCGCUAGCUGAAGUAUGAAGAAAAAAUCUGAACCCAUAAAUCAUUAAAGUACGCCCCUGUAGUAGUGACGCCCACAUGGCGUUACAGUGGCAGCCAUUUUGUUUACACGCCUAAUGUUUUCGUGAAAGUGUAUAGAAAAUUUGCAAAUAAUAAUCCAUGAGUUUUCAUUGAAAUAAAUAAUUGAAUUGGUAGCCACUAAUUGUAUGAAUUAUACUCAAACACAACAGAAAAUGCUUUGUGCCAAUACGAAUUGUAUGCAGGUUUGUACCAAAUUAGUUUUUAAAAUGAAUUCGUAUGACAGUAUUCAAAAUAAAAUACUCAGAGAUUCGGAUGUAUACUUACUUAUUAUGUUACAAAACAAAGUUUACGAAACUAUAAAUGUUGAAAUUCGUUUGAAAUAUCAAUAACUAAUUAAACAUAGGUACCAUUAUAUCGUUUAUUAAUGUGAUUGAAUCAAAUUCUUCAGAGAUUCUACAAUUUGUUUUAGUCUGUAGUUCUCUUUGGGCGCUUCCAUAGGCGGUGUAUGCACUACCUACUUAUAAAUAAUAUAAUUUUUAAAAUUAUUGUAUUGUUCAAAACAGAUAUCUUCACUAACCUAUCACCUUUUUGGAUGAUGCACCAAAUGGAACCACCACGUGGAAUGUUCGUGUAAAAACCACAGGGCGUCAACUCUAUAAAUGUAAUGUACCAAGUACCUUAGGAUUUAUUUAGUGUUGCCAAGAUCGGCAACGCUAAUUACCCUAUCUAUACAUUAUUGGUACAUUAUUUUCUGCAAGCUUAAUGAACCGCAUUUUUACGGGGACUAGAAAAAAUUAUAUGUAUAAAUUGAAAAUCCGCUACCAAUAGUGUAUCGGGUAGAUGGCAGCACUAGUAUGGGCAUUUAAAAUGUAUAAAAUUGUAUAGUUAUAAAGCUAACCAUUGCUGUAGAGUGCCAGAUUUUUAUACCAAAAUUAUUUGUAUAUUAGAGUGCGAUUGUAUUGUUUAUAAUUAAAAUACUUAAUUGCAAACGAAUACUUAUAUUUAAAUAUAAGGAAAUAUUUUUA